ACUGACAUCACAGUCCCUCAUCCCGAGGUUACGUCCGGAGAUAUAAUAACUCCCGACUCACCUCCGCGGACAAUCAAAAUCCAGAAUUGAAACAAUGGCCUCGACAUUAUCAUCAAAGAUCCCGCGAUCUGCUAUCGUGUUGUCCUCCGCCGCAGUCAGAACCCCGACACGCAGCGCGGUAUCACCAGCCGCGGCCUUGCACCGAGUUAUUUCCGCACCGACAAGAGGACUGGUUACUUCUCCUCAGAACCGUGUCCUGUGCAGCCGCCUGGCACCAUCAUGCGCCCUCCAAAGCAAGUCAAACUCAAACAUCAAGAGUCCGCGCCAGGUGCAGACGCGGUGGAAUAGCGAUGAUGCUGGCCCGGUCAAGCUCCGGGAAUGGGGCUUCGAAGAUAUCAACGCCGCCCUCCCAACCUCAACACCCGAUUCCCCAACCCACAAGCCCAUAAUCCUGAUCGACGUGCGCGAGCCCGCCGAACUGAAAGGCACGGGUGUAAUCCCCUCUGCAGUCUGUAUCCCGAUUGCAUCGCAGGGAGAUGCAUUGUACCUCACGCCAGACGAGUUCGAGACCCGGUUCGGGUUCGCUAAGCCUGAUCCUGCGGAGGGUGAGGGCGAGCCUGCGCAGAUGGUCUUCUAUUGCAAGGCUGGUGUGCGGGCUAAGGCGGCAGCGCAGAUGGCUGUGCAGGCUGGGUAUGACCCUGCUAAUAUUGGGGUUUAUAUGGGUAGUUGGUUGGAUUGGGAGAGACAUGGGGGGAAGGUUGAGAAGUGGGAUGGGGAUGAUUAUUGAGUUGGGGAAAUCUUGAUGCGAAAAUAGUGCUUAUUUGGUGAGUGCUUGAUGGCUGUGUAUAGGGAUGAAGGUGGUUUGGUGGGUUGAGAACAGGAUUGUACAUACUACAUAAUGCUGAAUGGGAUAUUGAAGGGUAGAUCGUCUCUGGUCUAUUCGGAUAUUCUGAAGUAAUCGUUUGAUUUGGU